CUGCACGACAAAGGGUUUAUUGGCUGAGAGGAGCAAAAAGUGUCCCAGUCCUGCCGCAAAGGAGACAAAGGAGUGUUUCUCUUGCCCUUUUCCUGCACCGUUUCCCGCUGGAGGUGCCCGGCUGUGAGGGCGGUCAGCGCAGUGCAACCUCUCCUCUUCCUCGUCCCCGCCUUCCUCGGCGACGUCACGGGCCCGUCAGAAUAAAAUGCUCCGGUGGCCAAGAAAUCGAGGCGGCGGCGGCGAGCGCGUGUUCCGGGAAAAAGUCAUGGAGAGAUUCCAGUUACACCUAAGGAUCCAUGCUUUGUGCCUUCUCUUGAGGCCUGGGAUCAGGUACAACAGCGUCUGUUACUACCUCUUGAAGGGUGAGAGGACUUGGGACGAGGCUCAGAAUCAGUGCUCCAAGCUCGGGGCCUCCCUGGCCGUGCUCAGUGACAAGGAAAUGGACCACGUCUUCCGCCUCAAUGGCAACCUGGAUUACUGGCUCGGGCUGCGGAGACGGGGCGAGAGGUUUCAGUGGGUGGACGGCAGCAGCUACAACUCCUCGCUGGAGGUCCUUGGCAAUUCAGAGUGUGUGUACCUGGCGGACCAUAAACUCAGGAGUGAGGACUGUUCAAAGCAGCUGCUGUAUCUCUGCAGCAAACCCCAACCUCACCUGUACUAGAAGUGAGGGAGAAAGGACCUUCUCCAUCCUGAAGACUCACAACUUUCCUUCUUCCACUAUCACAGAGAUGUCCUUCUGCGGGUGAUUGUUUACUUUGUGACACAUCUCAGCACAACCUCAGGAACCUUGGUGCCUUUUGUCAUUGUCACCUCAGUAGCUGGUCUCAAGGAAGUGAACCUGCAGGGACAUGAUGUGGAAGUGGACGUGUGCCUUUGUGGACUAGGGGUUUCUUUCUCCAGAAGUCUUUCUCAUUGUCUAUUUAUAUUGACUUUAUAUUUAUAACAGUUUACAUACAUAACACUACAUGCACUGCAUUCAAGCACUAUAGUGCUUGAAUGUGCGCGUGUGAAGUAUUUUUCCAUUCCUGAACGCUACUUGAAUCAAUGAAUGUGAAUGUACAAUGUCCUGAUUGUGGCCUGUGGUGGUUUGGGCCAGGCCUUCCUUGGUGACCAGUUUGUAACCAAGGAAGGGUCCAGAUUUACCCAGUA